ACUGAUGAGCUUGGAUGUGAUGUCAUAAUAAAAAAGAAAAGUUUUUCAUAAGAAGUGUUCUAAAUUUGAUUUUUUUGUUUUAUAUUAAAAAAAAUAUUACACGAUAUUUUCAAAUCAUCAAAGCCACCAACUCAUUUUUACGUAUAUUAUUGCUAUCGUUUUAAAAUGGAUCCUAUUGCAGUUUUGCAAAGUAGAAUUGAGCAAUUAGAAGCCAAAUUAGGUAUAAAUAAUAAUAUCCUUGUUGAAGGACAACAAGGGGACUCUGCGACGACAAAUUUAUUAAAUGCAGUCCAAGCUAUGAACAAUGCCACUGCAGGUCAUGAGAAGCUUUCUGAGGCCAGAAAUAUAGCGAGUGAACUAAAUAACUACACUGAUCCCAACUUGGUCGAGAAUAUGCAACAAAAUGACAUGCACAUGCAUGAAGUACUUUCGGCAGAGCCUGUCAUCCAACAUCAUUGUCACUGUAUGCACCGUUGUAAACAGGCUGCCCCGGUUCUGGAAUCAGAGUCUAUCCAGCAAGUACCACAAAUGCAAGCAACUGUAAACAAACUGCACAGGGCAGCUGCUGAAGUUAAGGCAGAAGCUGAUUCUGUAUCUCAUGGUAUUCAAGAGUUGGCUGAGACGUGCGGCGCAGCAGCUUCAUCUGCAUCAGAAAAAUUGGCAUCUGUUGCUCAAAAAGUAGAGCAAGUAGAAGAGAAGAUGUUCCCAAAAAGAAGAAAUGGUCUAGACUAAAUUUGGUUUAUAAUUACUUGCUUAAAAUUGUUUAUUUAUUAUAACUAUUGCAGUAUCUUAUUUAUUCCAAAUUAAAAGUAUUAUUUAAG